AGAGGAGGAGGAGGAGGAGGAGGUGAUAAUAGAUCCUCCUGAGGUUUGGUCAGUGUGUUUCAAUCACAGUAGGAAGAAGAGAAGACAGGAGGAGGAGAAUACUGUGUCAGGGUGAUACAGAGCCAUAAAUAGUAUAUUUCAUGGACACAUCUGAACAAUAAUGCAUCAAAUCUGUCUUUCUCUCCUGUCUGGCCUCUGCCUUCUUCUGGGUUUCUUCAGUAAUGCAGAAGAAGGUCUGGAGUUCCCUAAUUUUGAUGGUAAAGACCGGGUCCUAGAAAUCAACGAGCGCAACUUCAAGAAAGCCCUGAAGAGAUACGAGCUUCUGUGUCUCUUCUACCACGAACCUGUGUCGGCCAAUAAGGGUCUCCAGAAGAGGUUCCAGAUGACGGAGCUGGUGCUGGAGCUCACAGCUCAGGUCCUUGAGAACAAGGAUAUUGGUUUUGGGAUGGUGGACUCCCAUAAAGGGGCAAAAGUGGCCAAAAAACUUGGUCUGCAGGAAGUGGGCAGCCUGUACGUUUUCAAAGAUGACCGCGUCAUUGAGUUUGACGGGGAACUUUCAGCCGACACGUUGGUGGAGUUCCUUUUGGAUGUGCUGGAGGACCCCGUGGAAAUGAUCAAUAAUGCCAUGGAGGUGCGGGCUUUUGAGAGAAUGGAGGAGGACAUCCGUCUGAUUGGCUACUUCAAGGGGGAAGAUUCAUACUUUAAAUCUUUUCAGGAGGCCUCAGAGAUGUUUCAGCCCUAUAUCAAGUUCUUUGCUACAUUUGAUAAAUCUGUGGCCAAACAUCUGUCCCUGAAGAUGAACGAGGUGAACUUCUACGAGCCCUUCAUGGAGGAGCCUGCGGUGCUGCCUGGUAGACCUCUGUCAGAGGUGGACAUUGUGGACUUUGUCAAGCAGCACAGGAGGGCCACACUGAGGAAGCUCAGAGCAGAGAACAUGUUUGAGACAUGGGAAGACGACAUGGAUGGGAUACACAUCGUUGCAUUUGCUGAGGAAGAAGAUCCAGAUGGUUAUGAGUUCUUGGAGAUCCUGAAAGAUGUUGCCAGAGACAACACCAACAACCCGGAGCUCAGCAUCGUCUGGAUUGAUCCGGACGACUUUCCUCUGUUGACCACCUACUGGGAAAAGACAUUCAAGUUGGAUCUUUUCAGACCUCAGAUCGGCGUGGUCAACGUUACAGAUGCUGACAGUGUGUGGUUGGACAUGUCCAAUGACGAGGACCUGCCGACUGCGGAGGAGCUGGAGGACUGGAUCGAGGACGUCCUGUCCGGGAGGGUCAACACCGAGGAUGAUGAUGAGUCCACAGACGAGUGGGAGAACUAUGGUUACAAUGUCAUGGAAGAUGAUGACCAGAGUCAUGACCUGGAUUAUCAUGAUGGUGAUGAUGAUGAUGGUGAUGAUGAUGAUAUCUAAAAAAACAACAUUUUGAACAGGGGUCAGAUCUGAGGCUGGUUAAAAAAACAAAUCAAAAGUUAAAACUAUAAUGUGCAAUAAAAUACAAGGAACUGAGAAUGAACCAAACUGUGUUUGAACAAGAACAGAAGCCAAUAAAGAUCAACCAUGGGAA